AUGGGGUAUAAGGGGUAUCCUUUCACGUGGCAGCGUGGCAACUCUCCUUCUACGUUGAUUCGUGAGAGAUUGGAUCGUAUGUUGGCAAAUGAGGACUGGUGUAAUUUUUUCCCUUCCUGGGAGAUUAUUCAUCUUCCACGAUAUAGGUCGGAUCAUGCACCAUUGUUACUGAAAACGGGGGUAAAUGAUGCUUUUUGUAGGGGUCAAAAGUUGUUUAAAUUCGAGGCGCUUUGGUUGUCAAAGGAGGAAUGUGGUAAGAUUGUGGAGGAUGCGUGGGGUGACGGAGUUGGGGAGGAUAUGGUCACUCGGCUGGACCUGGUCUCUCGACGUCUCUCAGAUUGGGCUGUGGCUACGUUCGGUAAUUUAAAGAAAAGGAAAAAGGAGGCGCUGCAAUUGUUGAAUAGGCUUCAGCAGAGAUCUCCUGAUGCUACCACUCUCGAGCAAUGUAAGGAGGUGUCUACUAACCUGGAUGAGAUACAUAAGCUUGUGGAGUCUUACUGGCAUUGUUAG